AUACCGGAAGUGAGCGGUCUCGCUAUAAAUCAGCUUUAGCAGAAACAGCAGCGCCUCAGAGGAGCUAAAAAUAAUCACAGAUUUAACUUAAUAAAAUAAAACUUAAUAAACCUUUAAUAAUCCGAAUCACAGCAGGAGUAUAAUCUGUAACAGAAAUGAGUUCAGACGCUGUGAUUCUGUUGGAGACGAUAAACUUCGCUGCGGAGAAACAUCGUAAUCAACGCCGUAAAGAUCCGGAGCAAACUCCGUACAUCAACCACCCCAUCGGGGUGGCGCGGAUUUUGAGUCAUGAAGGCGGAAUCACAGAUAUUGAAGUUUUACAGGCGGCGCUCCUUCACGAUACGGUGGAGGACACGGAGACGACGCUGGAGGAGCUGGAGGCGGCGUUCGGGAGCACGGUGGCGAGGAUCGUUCAGGAAGUGACGGAUAAUAAAGCUCUUCCUAAACUGGAGAGAAAGCGGCAGCAGGUUGAACACGCGCCGAACUGCAGCCGCCAGGCCAAACUCGUCAAACUCGCCGAUAAACUCUACAACCUGCGGGACCUGAACCGCUGCACCCCACAGGGUUGGACGGCUGAGCGGGUUCAGGAGUACUUCCUGUGGGCGGGGCAGGUGGUGAAAGGACUGCGUGGGACGAAUCCGGUUCUGGAGGAAAAACUGCAGCAGCUCUUCACUGAGAGAGGCGUCAAGAUCUAACUCUAAUUCACCCCUGUACUCAUCUAUACUCUACUCUAUACUCUUUACUCUAUACUCUACUCUAUACUCUACUCUACUCUAUACUCUACUCUAUACUCUACUCUAUACUCUACUCUACUCUAUACUCUACUCUAUACUCUUUACUCUAUACUCUACUCUACUCUAUACUCUACUCUACUCUAUACUCUACUCUACUCUACUCUAUACUCUACUCUACUCUACUCUAUACUCUACUCUAUACUCUUUACUCUAUACUCUACUCUAUACUCUACUCUAUACUCUACUCUAUACUCUUUACUCUAUACUCUACUCUACUCUAUACUCUACUCUACUCUUUACUUUACUUUACACUCUAUACUCUAUACUGUUCUCAGGGCUCUCACUUCUCUUCUCUUUAUUGCUGUAAAGUCCAGACCGUGUACUGUACUGUACUUAGAAAUGUAAUAAUAUGUGUUAUAAUUUACUCUGUAAAUCCUGCUGAUAUCCAGGAAAUAAAGAUUUUAAUAAUUA